AUGACGCCGAGAGGAGCGCUAUGUCUGCUCCUAAUAAUUUUGGCGUUAGAAGGAUCGCAGUGCAGCACGAGGUACUUCGUGAAAAUGCGGACGAACGCAUCCGAUAUGUUCAAAACGAAGACCGAUAGUUUGAGAAUUCUGCAAGAGCCAAUAGCAAUCACGCCGAAUCCGUUGUACGCGGGAAAUGAGCAUCAGGCGGAGGACGAGAGGAAGAUCAAAACGAUAUCCAAUGACAACUACAAUCGGAGGAAUUCUUUUGUCGAAACUUCCACUUUCAAUCCAGACGUGCUGAACAAGUUCCUCGAGGACUACGCGAACAAAAUAAAGACCACCACUGAGAGAGAUUUCAAGUAUCCUUUUAGAAUCGUGAAACCACCCCCGGAACCGCUUGUCCUCGAAGUCGACGACGAGAGUAUCAGAAAUGCGAGCAUCCAAAGCGAAAAAUUUGAUCAGACUGCAAAUGGCACUUCAAUAGAGGACGCGCUGAGCGAGGCACUAAAUGACACCUUGAAGAGAAACAAAUACUACGGUACAAACAAUUACGAAGACAGAAACGGCUGGGUAACGCUGGAAGCGAUCCCGUGGUCUAAAAGCAAAAUUUCCAAGUGGCAAGCCAAUCCCAGCACGCAACGACCUUGGCCGGAGUUAAAACCAUGGGAUAAACCGAGCAUAAAACCAUGGACCACUGAUUAUACCAUCAGACCCACUUAUGAAAACAACAAACCGUGGUACGACAAGCCGAAACCCAGCUGGCCCGAAAGCAGCGAGAAGCCGUGGCAAAAACCGAUUUCCCGUCCUCCUUAUUACACCGACGACGACGCGUCUAACCAGGCGCAGAAGUGGCCGCCUGAGAGGCCGUCUUGGAACAAGCACGACCCUCAUCGUCCCAACAGCGAUAUUAUCACGGACGACAAGCCGGCAAACUUCCCCAACACUUGGUCCCGGCCUCAGACCUCGUAUCAGUUUAUCGACAGGUUCUCAGACAAGGAUCAAGCGGGAGACGGAAGCAAUUGGCACGAUUUUCCGUCGAGAUACGAGCAGGAUCGACCCCGACCCACGUUAAUCACCGAGAGACCGAACUUCUCGCAUUAUCAGUACGUAAACAAUCAUCCGCCGAGUCAUCCGGCGAGCGGCGACGGUCAGUGGAUCCUCCUGUCGACGAACAGAGGAUAUUCCAAGUCGCGACAGAGAUCGAUCAAGAUCGACACGAUAAAUUCGGAGAUCAACACAACGGAUCACGCGAGCGGGAAUCGGCGGGAGAAUAAUCCUGCGACAUCUGUGAUGACCUCGAGACGCCAGGUCAGAUUGACGGUGUUGCCGUCAAUCAACGGCACGAACACGACGACCUCCCACGGCGGUCUUCUGGAAGUCGAGAAGACGUUCAAGAGCGUCGAUCAGAGUCGCAAGGAGUACGAGAUGGGAUUGACGACCGAAUCAAAUAUCCAGAAGAAAAGACCAAUCCGGAACACUCUGUCAACUCUCGUACAACCGUCGAAUUCGGCAGUCCUGGCAGCGGUCGGAGCAGGUAUGCUGCCGGCGACAGUGGCAAUGAUGAUACCGAUGAUUCUGGGUCGUCGAAAGAGAGACCUGAGACCGAUGGAGUACGCUCUGAAAAAGCCCAACGGCCCCGAAGUAGAUCUGCGUAAGCUCGUGAGAGAGUACGAUGCGCGACAAAGAAGAGCAUUGCGAUCAUAGGCCGGUAAAUUAAGAUAGCAGAAUUCGUUCGUCACUCGAAGAACUCGUUAACGGCGAUGCAGAAGAGGAGAGACUAAGCGCGCGACAUGUGCGAAUGACGUUGAAGUUUCAAACGCGGGAUAAAAUAUCAGAAGUCCAGAAGCGGAAGUGAUACCGAACAAUUCGCCCAGAAAUCGGACAGUUUUGCGCCGGUUACUCGUCUGUCUCCGCGUCGCUAAAUGUGUAAGUAUAGCUUAAAUCGUACGUCUAGCAUGACGCGACAGUAUUAUUGGCAUUUAUAGAUUUUUGUCUCCAUAGAAAUCAUCCAUUUCAGCUAUAAAAACUGAAUUAC